CUUUGUUUCCACAUGUAGACCUACGGAAACAGGCUCGACAGCUGGAAAAUGAACUGGAUUUGAAGUUGGUUUCGUUCAGCAAGCUGUGCACAAGUUACAGUGGAACGGCAAUACGAGAUGGCCGCCGCGACAGGUAUAGCUCUGAUACAACGCCGCUUCUUAAUGGAUCGAGUCAAGAUAGGAUGUUUGAUACGAUGGCUGUGGAAAUUGAACAACUAUUAGCCAAGCUCACAGGAGUCAAUGACAAAAUGGCAGAAUACACGUCAACACCAGGAGUGACGUCAUUGAACGCAGCACUCAUGCACACACUACAGCGGCACAGGGACAUCCUACAGGAUUAUACACAUGAAUUUAAUAAAACCAAAGCAAACUUUAUUGCAAUCCGAGAACGAGAAGACUUGUUGGGAUCCGUUCGGAAAGAUAUUGAAUCUUACAAAAGUGGAUCGGGAGUUAACAACAGAAGAACAGAACUAUUCCUAAAAGAACACGAUCACCUCCGGAACUCAGAUCGGCUGAUAGAAGACACAAUAAGCAUCGCCAUGGCAACGAAAGAAAAUGUGACAUCACAACGAGGAGUGCUGAAGACAAUACAAAGCAAAGUCAACUCCUUGGCCAAUCGAUUUCCUGCCAUCAACAGUUUGGUUCAAAGGUUAAAUUUGCGGAAACGCAGGGAUACAUUAAUUUUGGGCAGUGUUAUUGGGGUUUGCACUAUUUUAUUGCUACUGUAUGCUUUUCACUGAUGUAAUAUUCCACCAAGAUGCUUCUGCAGCUAUAAGGCAGUGGGGCAGGGACAUAUCAACCCAACCUGUAUACAGUGGUGAGGAUAAAUGGACCGUGAUUAUCAUUGAAUGGUUUAGAGCAACAUUCCCCUGGGCCACAGUCGUGUGAUUAGUUUAUGAUCAAAUCCUCUGAUUUUUGUUUAAUUGACUCAUCUGUUGGAAAGUAUAAUUGUGAUUGACAGCACGCCAGUGUCUGAAGAGUGGUUGAAGGGGGGUCUGUUUCUGCCACCUCUGUCCCCAACUCCAGGCUCCAGCUAGUACAUAACUGCUCCAUUUAAACUACCCGCAAUGUGUCUUUGUCCAAUAUAUGUAUUUUCAAGAGCGUGUACUCAAAAACUGGUUCCAUGACGAAGGGUGGUGCAAUAUGUUGUGUGCCUGUGUCACCCAGUAGCAGAGCACCGGUCAACUCCCUGACAGUCUCCUCUCGUCCACUCUCUGCCCUCUUCCCGGAGAACGAGCGAGAUUGUCUGUCCAAAGUUUGAUCUGAAUCGAGCAUUAUUGCUCAAGGCCCAGGUUCCAGAAACUGACCCAGUGUUUGUUGCCCAGGGGCCCAGGGUCCAGUAACUGACCCAGUGUUUGUUGCCCAGGGACCCAGGCCAGAAACUGACCCAGUGUUUGUUGCCCAGGGGCCCAGGGUCCAGUAACUGACCCAGUGUUUGUUGCCCAGGGACCCAGGCUACAGAAACUGACCCAGUGUUUGUUGCUCGAGGCCCAGGGUCCAGAAACUGACCCAGUGUUUGUUGCCCAGGGGCCCAGGUUCCAGUAACUGACCCAGUGUUUGUUGCCCAGGGGCCCAAGCUACAGAAACUGACUCAUCCUCAUGCACAGGUGACCAAAGUCUGGAGAGAAGAGAAAGGGAGUUAUUUUCCAACAUAAAUAUAUAUUCAAAUGUAACCAGUGAGUUUUGCAGCACCUGUUAAACCCCAAGUGAUUGCCACACUCAGCAAUGUGUGGUGUGUGUUGGCCCAUCACCUUCUAUUGAAGGUUUCAGCAUGGUUCCUGACACACAGCAUCAUGGAAUAACCGGCUGUGGUCACCAGAGCACCCAGAUCAACCCAGUGCUCUCACUUCAAACCUUUUUAGACUUGCGGGGGAAAAACCAACUGGCAAAGCUUCAUUUUAUUGAUGGGAGAAACCCGAAACACCAAGGUCUAACAUCAUGUUGAAUAGAUGCAAUCUGAUUUUAAUUUUUACUCCAUCAGUAAUUUCCCACGGAUUUGUGAUUUGUCCUUGGCCCAGGUUUUGAGAUCGCGGUGCAUUCAUUCACAAACCCUGACACUGCGGCCCUCGGGCUUGCAGAGUGUGUAACCAAUAGUUGUCGGGCCUUGAGAGAGAGAGAGAAUCUGUCCCUCAGAUGGAGGAAACCAAUAGAAAUAUGGUGGUGAUUUCACGCAGACACACGUCUCAAUAUUCAGAAACAUGAAUCAUUCCAAUAGUGUUCAGUAAGAAAUUCACUUUUUGUAUGUAACACUGUCUUUUGAACUUAGGCUAUUAUCUAUUUCCCUCGGCAGCUUUUAUGGAUUAACUCGACUACCAGAUGUCAAAUUGGCUAUGUUCAAAUUCAAAUUCUUUAUUUGUAUAACUUGAUUUUGUUUUUGUUUUCCACUUUGUUGAGUUAAUCCAUAUAAAGUGUCCACUUCUGCCCUUCAAUAGUUAAUAAAGCUGCUAUGUUUUUUUUAAAUCUUUUCAAAACUGCCUGCCUGCCCGCCCGCACUCUGCUUCAUUAAUGCUUCUGGAAAUUUUGUUCAUGUAGAUUUUAAUCUUGUAAAAUAAUUUCUGUUCUCAGCGACUGACUGCAUUUUCUGCCUUGUACAGAGGAGCUUUAACUGUAUGUAAUUUGUUAAUAAAUUAGAAUUCUAAGU